CCCGGGUACCUCCUAGUCUCGACGUGACAUGGCCAGCACGCUAACCACUGAGCCACGGGAGCUGGUACAGAGGAGGAGGGAUUACCCUGCACGAAACCCUGGCCAAUCGCCCUGUGUAGCUGUGGCCACUGUGCUUAGUGGUGGAAGAAGAAGAAGUAGAAGAAGGAGACGAAGUAGAGGAGGCUCACGCUAGCGCGGCGGUUCGUUUAAAAGGUGGCAGUUGGUGCUUUGUUACCUACAGAACGACGAUACUUUUCAUUACUCUCAGGCACAUUCAUCCGGGUGGCAGCCAUGGAGGAUUAUACCAAGGUAGAGAAAGUCGGAGAAGGGUCAUAUGGCGUUGUUUACAAAGGCAAGGAUAAUCGAAAUGGUCAGAUGGUGGCGUUGAAGAUGAUUCGUCUUAUUAGAGAAGGCGAAGGCGUGCCAGCAACUGCGAUACGUGAGAUGUCUGUCUUACGUGAACUCACCCACCCCAAUAUUGUAUGUUUACAGGAUGUGCUCAUGGAAGAGAACGGACUGUACUUGGUCUUCGAAUUCCUCUCGAUGGACCUUAGGAAGUACCUUGACACAAUUCCCGAGGAUCAGCAGAUGGACAAGAUGCUGGUGAAGAGCUACAUGAGGCAAAUCCUGGAAGCAAUCCUCUUUUGUCAUCAACGUCGCGUUCUGCACAGAGACCUGAAGCCCCAGAACCUACUUAUUGAUCAGAAGGGUAAUAUCAAGGUGGCAGACUUUGGCCUCGCCAGGGCUUUCUGCAUCCCCAUCAGAGUGUACACUCAUGAAGUGGCCACCCUGUGGUACAGAGCACCCGAAGUGCUGCUAGGGUGUCCACGUUACUCAAUUCCCAUCGACAUAUGGAGCAUCGGAUGCAUCUUUGUGGAGAUGUACAACAAGAAGCCCCUUUUCCGCGGUGACUCGGAGAUUGAUCAACUAUUCCGCAUCUUCAGGGCUUUAGGCACACCAACAGAAGACACCUGGCCCGGUGUAGCAGGGCUUCGAGACUACAACCCUACAUUUCCCAGGUGGAAGGAUAACAACAUUGGAAGCAUGGUCACGGAUAUGGACUCUGAAGCCAUGGACCUACUCAUGAAAAUGCUGACCUACGACCCUGCGAAAAGGGUAUCGGCAAGGGAUUCGCUUCAGCACCCCUACUUUACUACGGAGAGGAGGAAGGCUGAGCGGGUUUGGGGUGUGCGGGAAUCCAAUCCUGCAACUGAGUCAGAAGUGGCAGUUGGUGCUUUGUUACCUACAGAACGACGAUACUUUUCAUUACUCUCAGGCACAUUCAUCCGGGUGGCAGCCAUGGAGGAUUAUACCAAGGUAGAGAAAGUCGGAGAAGGGUCAUAUGGCGUUGUUUACAAAGGCAAGGAUAAUCGAAAUGGUCAGAUGGUGGCGUUGAAGAUGAUUCGUCUUAUUAGAGAAGGCGAAGGCGUGCCAGCAACUGCGAUACGUGAGAUGUCUGUCUUACGUGAACUCACCCACCCCAAUAUUGUAUGUUUACAGGAUGUGCUCAUGGAAGAGAACGGCCUGUACUUGGUCUUCGAAUUCCUCUCGAUGGACCUUAGGAAGUACCUUGACACAAUUCCCGAGGAUCAGCAGAUGGACAAGAUGCUGGUGAAGAGCUACAUGAGGCAAAUCCUGGAAGCAAUCCUCUUUUGUCAUCAACGUCGCGUUCUGCACAGAGACCUGAAGCCCCAGAACCUACUUAUUGAUCAGAAGGGUAAUAUCAAGGUGGCAGACUUUGGCCUCGCCAGGGCUUUCUGCAUCCCCAUCAGAGUGUAUACUCAUGAGGUGGCGACCCUGUGGUACAGAGCACCCGAAGUGCUGCUAGGGUGUCCACGUUACUCAAUUCCCAUCGACAUAUGGAGCAUCGGAUGCAUCUUUGUGGAGAUGUACAACAAGAAGCCCCUUUUCCGCGGGGACUCGGAGAUUGAUCAACUAUUCCGCAUCUUCAGGGCUUUAGGCACACCAACAGAAGACACCUGGCCCGGUGUAGCAGGGCUUCGAGACUACAACCCUACAUUUCCCAGGUGGAAGGAUAACAUCAUUGGAAGCAUGGUCACGGAUAUGGACUCUGAAGCCAUGGACCUACUCAUGAAAAUGCUGACCUACGACCCUGCGAAAAGGGUAUCGGCAAGGGAAUCGCUUGAGCACCCGUACUUUACUACGUGACUUCGUUUAAAUUCAGUAUAAAGAUUCCUGCAUUUGCAUUUCA